AUGGAUCCCUUCGCGGCUAUUGGCCUCGCGGGCAACAUUGUCCAGUUCAUCGACUUCGUGUGGACUCUCAUCUCAGAGACUCGGCGGAUCUCAAACUCGACCGAGGGGCUAAGUAACGACAACAGGCUGCUCGAGACAAUUGCUGCCGACAUGGCGCGGCUGUCGGAAUCCGUUCUGCCGUCGCCGGGGAUCAGCCCGCAGUUGCGAAAUCUAGCCCGGGAAUGCGGUAGCAUCUCGGCGGAGAUUCUCGGCGCUUUGGCGACGCUGAAGACCAAGGGCCGACAGACGCAAUGGGAGUCAUUCUUGGUGGCGCUGAAGCAAGUGUGGAAGAAGAGCAAAAUCGAUCGUUUGUCAAAGCGGCUGGCUGCAGCUCAGUCUCAAAUUGCCUCUCAUAUGCAAAUAACCAUGGUUAAGGACGUUUCCAACCUCAACAAAGCCAUACGAGAACUCCAGGAAACAAACACCAAGCUUGGCAUCCAGACACGCCACGAUCUCAGCUUUCUCUCGAACAGAGUUGUUAACCUGAGCGAAGCCACCCAGGUCCUCCAGGAUAUCUCGGCCCAGCUGCAGCAGCUUUCCCAAUCUAUCAAGAAGCCGGAGGGCUCGGACUUGGACCCUAUGUACGAAGGGUUCUUCGUUACGAUGGAAGAGUACAUAGAAACGCUCCAGCAUUCGGAAGUCGUCCCCGCCGGAUUGCCAAAAGAAAUCUCAGGAUAUCUUCGAGAAUUUUCCCGCUCCGUCCAAAAUCAUGGAUGCGAGACCCCAUCCAUAUCCCAAUCAAUUCUUGCCAAAAUGGAAGAAUACAUGAAAUACCUCGACGACUCGGAAAGGAUUGUCGUACGGACUGCCAAGGAGGUCUCGACUGGGCUGGCUCAGUUUGCGCAGUCACUGAGAGGGCUCGAACAUGCUGGCAGGGAUACGACCAUUUAUCAAGCCCUUCUCAAACGGUUAUAUUUCCCGAAUCUCAAUUCGCGUCAUCGCAGCAUCGAAACUGCGCUCUUCAAAACCUUUGAAUGGAUAUUCACCGAUAUCAUGCCACAGAAUCCCGAGGGCAAAGGCCGCCACCACUUCGUUGAAUGGCUGCUGCGGCAACCGGGGAUGGGGCCGUUCUGGGUACAAGGCAAAGCCGGAUCCGGAAAAUCGACCCUGAUGAAGUUCAUCAGCAGUCAUCCCGAGACGAUGAAGCACCUGAGAGAUUGGGCCGCAGGCAAGAAGCUAAUUGUUGCCUCAUUCUUUUUUUGGAAUGCCGGCACGAUAUUACAACGAUCCCAGGAAGGCCUUCUUCGAUCGCUUCUCUUUGAGAUUUUACGUACCUGCCCCGAAAUGAUACCUUCCGUUACGCCGAGUGUGAAUAUCUUCGACGACUUUCAGGAGGAAGACUAUUCUUGGAGUCUCGACGAGCUGUGGAAAAUGUACCGGGCUAUUUUCAAGCAAGAUAUACACGUGAGAUUUUGCUUCUUCAUCGACGGGUUAGACGAGUUUCAAGACGGCAAACGUAGCCACAGGGACCUCAUACAAACACUUCACAAGUUGGAAGCCUCUGCUGACAUCAAGCUAUGCCUGUCAAGCCGACCUUGGAUGGUUUUCGAAGAUGACUUUGGGGAGAACCCGACCUGGGUCAUUAAAUUGGAGGAUUUAACGAAAUCAGAUAUCCGUCAAGUGGUGGAAGAUAGGUUCAAUGCGCAUCCCCAGUUCGGAAAAUUAAUAAAAAGCGACCCAGGAUAUGAGCAGCUGGUCGACCAAGUCGUCGGCCUGUCUCAGGGAGUGUUUCUCUGGGUUCACCUUGUCGUCCGUGAUCUUCUGGAUGGCUUGACAUACAACGACUCGAUCAAGACACUCCGAGCCCGACUGGAGAGCUUCCCGAAAGAUCUAGACGCCUUCUUUAAGCAUAUGCUAGACUCCAUCCCUGAAAUAUAUCAGGCACGCGCCUCUCGGAUGUUCAAGAUCGCCAUCUCCGCGGAUAAACCGCUCUAUCUCGUCUUCUACUCGCUGUUAGAGGAAGUCGAGGAAAACGAAUCGAUAACCCUCGACGAGCCCGUAUACGGAAUGCCCAGACGGGAGAUAGACCGCCGCAGACGUCGGCUACGCCGUCACCUCGAUGGUCGAUCUCGCGGGCUGUUGGAGAUUGUCUCGGAUGAAGCAGUAUCGCAUAUAUACUUCCGUUACAAGGUCGACUUCCUGCACCGCACCGUGCGCGACUUCUUUCGAGAAUCAGGGAUGCCGUUUCUCCGGGGUUCGGGCACGCAGGUUCUUGGUCAGGAAGGCCCCAAAACGGAUGCAGAUAUACAAAUCCUAGCAUGCAAAGCCGCACUGGCCAUGAUGAGGCGUGCACCUGCUGACGUGUAUCAGCCCGCCGAAUCAUGGGAGAAGAUGUUCGAGCUAUUCUUCUCCUGUUGCACAAAGGCUUCAGAAUACCCUAACACACUGACUCAGCUCAGAGACUUGAUCGCGCGUGCCGAGCAUGCUUUUGAUCUGAUGCGAGUGUUCCGAUCGCUGGGACUUCCAAGUUUCCUGGUGUUGGGCUACGCAUGCCAGCAGAAUGUCUUGUUUUACCUCGAGUGGAAACUGGCCGAGACAUGGUUUUAUGAAAGAAAUGCCAUGCUUAACGACGGACUCUACCCCGUCCUGGAUUUUGCCCUCUCCCGGUCACAGCGUCCCUGUGCCAGAACAGUGGAUUUACUCCUCCGAUACGGGGCGAAUCCAAACCAGGUGUACGAGAAUUCGACCGUGUGGCGCCGUUUCCUAGAGCGGCUGCCCAAGAUCUACGCCGAUGAGAUGUCCGGGGGGAAACAAGAGCUCUUCCAGAUAACGCGCCACCUCUUGCUGAACGGUGCCAACCUUAAUGGGCCAGUGAAGCCUAGAGAAGGAACAAAGGGUCUAAUCACGGCGUGCGACGUGAUCAAGCAGUGCUUUCCUGCAGAUGAGGCGACGGUUCUGUUGGCCUCCAGGCCGGGCUGGUUUGGUGCGAUUACCACGGGCUCUUGGUGGUGA